AAAAUAUAUUUGAUCAACAUUUAUUGUAAAAAAAGAAAAAUAAAGAAAAUGUAUAAAAAAUUUCUUUAUAUAUUUCACUGCAUGUUUAUGAUUUUAAUCAUAAACAAAUCUAACGCUCAAAAUUCACAAGAAAAUAGCUGUUUCACAAGCGAUUAUCAAAGAGGCGAAUGUAUCAAUAUUCGUGAAUGUCCAGACAUAGUGGCUCUUCUUCAAGUUAAACCCAAAACUCCGGAAAUUUUUAAAACUCUCAGAAACUCUCAGUGUGGUUUUGAUGGUCGAUAUCCUAAAGUUUGUUGUGCUCUUCAAUAUCAAGCAUGGACGCCACCGAUAACAAGAGUGAUAUCUACAACGGAAGCUUACAAUCGCAAUAGUGAAAAUACAAAUCUUAAUUCACUUUUCAAUCAACUUCCUUCUGACUGCGGUCGUGACCUUUCCGUGAGAAUUAUUGGAGGUGAACGUACUAGUCUUGAUGAAUUUCCGUGGAUGGCUUUACUAGAAUAUGAGAAACCAACUGGAAGAAAAACCGGAUGUGGUGGUGUAUUAAUAAGCGAUCGGUAUGUCUUAACAGCAGCUCACUGCGUGAAUCCAGAAGAUUUACCAAAAUCUUGGCGUCUUUCAAGAGUAAUAUUGGGUGAAUAUGAUACAUCAACAAAUCCUGAUUGUAUCUCAGACGGUAUCGACAGUCAAAUUUGUGCUCCACCAACAGUAGCUGUUGACAUAGAAGAGCAAAUACCACACGAAGAAUACAGAUCAGCAUCACGGUCCAGAGAUCGAAAACAUGACAUAGCUUUACUUCGAUUAUCUUCACCAAUUAAAUUCACUGAUUACAUUAAGCCAAUUUGUUUACCAAACAAUUCAAAUAUUACCCACAGACUAUGGGUUGCAGGAUGGGGUGCAACCGAAAAUAAAUCUCACUCUAACAUAAAAUUAAAACUCUCAGUUCCUCUUGCUGAUCGAAAAGACUGUGAAGCGCGGUAUGGAAGAUCAGCAAUAUCUCUUGUAAACAGUCAAAUCUGCGCAGGAGGUCAAGCGGGAAAAGAUUCAUGUAAAGGUGAUUCUGGUGGACCCCUUAUGUCUGUUGAAAGAUCUGCUGAUGGCACCGGAAGAUGGACUGCCACUGGUGUUGUUUCUUUUGGACCUUAUCCUUGUGGUAUGCCAGGUUGGCCAGGUGUAUAUACUAAAGUUGCUGAUUAUUCUGAAUGGAUAAUACGUAAUAUAGUACCUGGACCGAAAGCUUUAUUCUGUCAGUCGACUUUCGCAUGUCUCAUCCGACGUCUCGUCAAGAUCAUUCAAAAUCAUCAUCAAUUAAAAUAUAUUACAACAUUCAAUCAACAUUAUUUACUUAAAACAAAAAAUAAAUAUAAGAUGACUGAAAAAUUAUUUCUCUUCACAUUUUAUUUCUUGUUGAUAUGUUUAUUUAUUAAUAAAUCCAGUGCGCAAUUCUGGCAAGAUAACGCAUGUUAUGGAAGAAACAAUCAAGUGGGUCAAUGUAUAAAUAUUCGACAAUGUCCACCUCUAUUAGACCUUUUGCGAAUGUCAUACGGAUCUCCAGAAACCAUUCAAGUCCUUAGAGAUGCUCAGUGUGGUUUUGAAGGACGAGAUCCAAAAGUUUGUUGUGUCCAAAAUAUCCCAUUGCCAACACCACCACCAGCAACAACCGAAUUUUACAAUGUCAAUAAUGGAAAUACUAGUAUUAAUUCACGCAGUAACUUACUUCCUUCUAUCUGUGGUCGAGAUCUUUCAGUGAGAAUUGUUGGUGGCGAACGUGCUUAUCUUGACGAAUUUCCAUGGAUGGUUUUAUUAGAAUACCAAAAACCAAACGGAAGAACAACCGCAUGUGGAGGAGUAUUAAUAAGCAAUAGAUACGUUUUAACGGCAGCUCAUUGUAUAAAAGGAAAAGAUUUACCUAAAACUUGGAGUCUUUUGGGCGUCAGAUUGGGUGAACACAAUACAGCGACAGAUCCCGAUUGUAUUAUGGAAGUAGAUAAUACUGAAAUUUGUGCACCACCUGUAGUAACUGUCGGAGUUGAAGAACAAAUAGCUCAUGAAGAUUAUAAACCAUCAGCGAGAGAUCAACGAAAUGAUAUUGCUUUAUUGAGAUUAUCUUCACCCGUAGAAUUUACUGAUUACAUUAAACCAAUUUGUUUACCGAACAAUGGGAAUUUACCUCAGCGACUGUGGGUUGCUGGUUGGGGUAAAACUGAAAGUAGAAGUGAAUCUGACGUUAAAUUGAAACUUGUAAUUCCUAUUGCUGAUCGACAAGACUGUGAAACGCGUUAUGGAAAUUCAGCAGUGUCUCUUUCAAACAGCCAAAUUUGUGCUGGUGGACAACGUGGAAGAGACUCAUGUAGAGGUGAUUCCGGUGGUCCUCUUAUGUCUGUUGAGAGAGCACCUGAUGGCAGCGGAAAAUGGACUGCCGUCGGUGUUGUUUCUUUCGGACCUUCUCCUUGUGGCAUGCAAGGUUGGCCGGGUAUUUACACUAAAGUUUCUGAUUACACCGAAUGGAUUUUACGUAACAUGAGACCUUAAAAUUAAUCUCUUAAAUACAUGGAAAAAAAUGAGCUAUAUAAAUUGAGAAACGACAAGUAAUAUAAUGAUAAAGUGAUCAGUAAAUACUGUCAUUCUAAAUAGUAAUUCUUUAAUAUAUAAUUAAAACGUAAAUAAUUAUAGGAAAAAUAUCAAAAUUUAUUGUCCAUGCAGGAAAAAUCAAUAUUUGAACUUUAAAAAUCGUAACUUGAAAAUUAAAAAUUUAUGACAUGUAUUAUGAAAUUUAUUAUUUAGAAUGUUAAAAUUCCCUGUAUUGAAACCCAGGUUUCGGGUUGUAAUUACAGAAUAAUUUUUAAAACUUAGUUUUUUCCGUGCAAAUAUUAUGUAAGCAAUUUAAAACCAACAAUUAUUUACCUAAAUUCAAUAAGUCUCAACCCAUAAAGUCAUCGAAACUCGUAAAUCAUAAUUAACAUACUUUUAUAAUAUAUAACUUAAAUGAUACUUUAUUUUGUGUAUUUAAAAAAUUAUUUUGUUGAUGACUUACAUCAUAAUAAAUAAAAGUAUUUAUCAGCUGUAAUAAUACAUUUUAUCAGCUGUCUUUUGAUUAAAUUUUUUUUAAUGUAUUAAUUUUUAUAUUUAUAGGGCAAAUAAAUAA